AUGGGCCCAGGGCUGCUGUGGAUGCUCCUGCCUGUACUGUCCCUGCUGGCCUGCUUGGGGCAGGGGAAGCCACUGCAGAACUGGGGUCGGGCAUCAGUGGGGGCGAACGCCCGUGCCUCGCUUGGGGAGCCUCGCAUGGGGCCUCAGGAGCCCAGGAGCGCCCUGGACUUGAGCAUGUUCCUGGAGAACGUAAAGGUGGAUUUUCUGCGCAGCCUCAACCUGAGUGGGGUCCCCGCCCAGGACAGAACCAGGCUGGAGCCGCCGCAGUACAUGAUUGAUCUGUACAACAGGUACACCUCGGACAAGUCGUCCACCCCCGCCUCCAACAUUGUACGCAGCUUCAGCGUGGAAGAUGCCAUCUCCGUAGCCUCCACGGACGGCUUCACCUUCCAGAGACACACCUUGCUGUUCAACAUCUCCAUCCCCAGACACGAGCAGAUCACCAGGGCCGAGCUCCGGCUCUACGUCUCCUGCCAAAGUCACGUGGAUGCUGCUCACGCACUGGAAGGAAGCCUGGUUAUCUAUGACGUCUUGGAUGCCUGGGAUGGCAACUCAGGGACCAAGAGCUUCCUGGUGUCCCAGGACAUUCGAGACGAGGGCUGGGAGACUCUGGAGGUGUCCAGCGCCGUGAAGCGGUGGGUCAGGGCAGACGCCAACAAGAGCAAGAACAAGCUGGAGGUGAUGGUGGAGAGCCGCAGGAAGGGCUGCGACAAGCUGGACGUCAGCGUGCCCCCGGCCUCCGAGAACCUGCCCUUCUUCGUCGUCUUCUCCAACGACCGCAGCAAUGGCACCAAGGAGACGAGGCUGGAGCUCAGAGAGAUGAUUGGCCACGAGCAGGAUAGCGUGCUGAGGAAGCUUUCCAAGAGCACCGAUGGUCAUGGGGAUGAAGAAGAGGAAGAGGAGGUGGAUACGGUCAGCCACGCGGGGUCAUCCCUGGCCAGGCGGAAGCGGAGCGCCGGGGCCAGCAGCCACUGCCAGAAAACCUCCCUGCGGGUGAACUUCGAGGACAUCGGCUGGGACAGCUGGAUCAUCGCACCCAAGGAGUAUGAUGCCUACGAAUGCCAAGGGGGUUGCUUUUUCCCCCUGGCCGAUGACGUGACACCCACCAAACAUGCCAUCGUGCAGACCCUUGUACACCUCAAGUUCCCCACGAAGGUGGGCAAAGCCUGUUGUGUGCCCACCAAACUCAGCCCCAUUUCCAUCCUCUACAAGGACGACAUGGGGGUGCCCACCCUCAAAUACCACUAUGAAGGCAUGAGCGUGGCAGAGUGUGGCUGCAGGUAG